AUCUGCAGGACCUUGCAUUGCGCAAGCAUGCCCAUGAAAAAAUAAAUAAAUAAAAAAACGGCAUAGAAAGGGUUUUAGUUACACUGAUGUUUAAACAACCUACUCGGUUGCAUACAGUAUUGCUUUUGAUAAAUAUUAGGCAUGCAAAACACAAUAAAUACAUUUAAAAAAAAAAAAAAAAAAAAAAGCAAAACGCUGUUUAACUUUGCACCGGAGCAAAAUCUUUGGAAUCUUUCCCCUCGAGAUCGCGAAGGAGCGGCCUCGCGGCGCUGCAGCCCGAGCGCGGGAAGGAGCGCGAGCUGGGCCUGCAGCCUCGAGAGAGUCUUCACACCGACGAGCGAAAUGAGACGCGCGUCAAACCAACCGACCCUUUAAAACGUAUAAAUACACAUACUAAAUAACGACAGUAACCAUAAUUUAAAUAUUAAAUGUCAUUUUGGGGGGUUUUAUUGUCUUUAAGAUGUCACAAAACCCGUCCAAGAAUAGGAGCGAAGGCGCUAAAAACCUCCGGUUGAAAUCGGGAGCUGGAGGGUGCAGCGCAGCGGGCUGUCGAUUCGCUUUCUGCACCGGCGAGGACCACGCCAAAAAAACCGAGCCAAGUUUCCAAGAAGAUCCAGCGCCCCCGAGAGGAAGAAAGAGGCCGGCCAUAACCGAACCAGAUGAAGAGACAGAUGACAUCACUGCUGGUGGAGAUGUGACAACCAUGCUUGAGAGAUUUGGAGCUGAUAUAAACAAAGCUCUUUCAGCCAAAAGAAAACGCAUGGAAGUGUAUACCAAAGCCUCCUUAAAAACAAGCAACAUGAAGAUUGAGCAGAUCUGGAAAGCACAACAAAAUGACAGAAAUAAACUAACUGGUGACUACAGCAAGCAGUUUACAACAGUCUUUCAGCAGUGGGAGAGUGACGUCCAAAAGUAUAAAGACCAAGAGGACAAGUUAGGAAACAUGUUCCGGCAGCAGCAGAAACUGUUUCAGCAGAUGAGGGUGGUGCAGGGCCAGAGACUGAAGACUGUGAAACAGCUCAUGGACCAGUUUGUUAAGAAUUUGGAAGAACUGGAGAGCAGCCACUCUGCGCAGCACUCUACUAUUCAAGAUGAACUACGCAAGGAAAUGGCUCUUUUACAAAAGAAGAUCUUGAUGGACACUCAACAGCAAGAGAUGGCCUCCGUGCGCAAGUCCCUGCAAUCAAUGUUAAUGUGAAGCUUAAACUGAACUGAUUGGACUCAGAGGACUAACUUAAAAUGGAGCGGAAAACAGUGUUCAAGACACCUUGAAAGCUUCCCAUGCAAAACGGUUUUGAUUUGAAUAUAGUUUUAACUGUAAAAGUCACUUGGUAUGUCAGUUACCUUUUUUUUUAAAUUAAAAAAGGUU